AUGACAUCAAAGUUGCCAGAAUUAAUAAAUUUAAAUGAUUCAGUUGCUUCUUUAACGGAUUUCCUUAAAAAAAUACCAGAAGAAGUAAAUACUUCAUUUGAUUAUAAAAUACCUAAUGGUAUCAUUUUAGAUGAAAUUAUUACCUAACUUAUUAAAAAUCCUAAGAAAUAAGAAGAUCAUAAAAUAAUAUUCAAUGAUUCAGGAUAUCAGAACAUAUAAACAAUUUAAUCAAUUUUAGGCAUUGAAUUUAAAAUUACAAAAGACAUUGAUGAAUUACUAAAUGAAUAAACAUAAAUCUAUUUGAAUUAAUUUUUAUCUACUUUACCAUAAGAGAAAGAAUCUUAAAGUAAUAGUAUUGCUACUGUAUAAAUAAAUGAAUUGGAAAAUGCAAAAUUAUUACAUUAAAAGGAUAUUAUUUAAUUAACUGGAAUGUAAUCUAAAUUGCAUAAACAAGAUGUUCGAUAAGAAUUGAUUGAAUAACUAUUAGAAUCUAAGAAAUUUAAUAUUAGAAUUACAUAAUAAUCAAUCAAUUUAUUUAAUGAUUAGUUGAUGUUUAGAAAUUAGUUUUAAUAAUUUAGACAAUAAUUUGAAGAAUUAAUUUAUUGUGUUUUAAAAUUAGAAACUACUCUUACAUUUAGAACAUAAAAAUUAAAAUUAGAAUUAUAAAUGAGUUAGAAUGAAAGAGAAAAAUUAUAAAUUAAAGAAAUAGAAAAAUUAAAAUCAAUUAUAAAAGAGAAAGAUGAAUAAUUAAUAGAUAUAACAAAUAAAAUAUAAUUUAAUGUAACUCACUAUCAAAAAUUAGAAGAAUAAAUUUAAAUUGCUAAAUAAAGUAUCUAAAAACAAAUAAUGUCUAUUAAAUAAACUAAAUAAGAAAAAGAAGAUAAAUAAAAAACAAGUUCUCCAUCUGCUAUGAGUGCUUCUAAAUCUAAUAUAUCAGAUUUAGAAAUCUUAAAAUAAUAAACUAGGAAAGUUAGUAAUUCCUAUGCACAUAGAAAUAGAUUUAAAACUGUAUUUUUUAAAAGAUGA